AGCAAAGCAAACUAAAGCAAAGUCAAGUCCAGGGAAGGAAAAAUUUUGUGUCGAGCAGAUCCGCUCAGUUUCGCGAACGCCAAGGUGCGCGUGUGUGCGUAACUAUGCGGUAGGCACCAACUUGGGACGUUGCGUAAUUUACGCGGCAGUGCGUUUUUGCUAAUCCUGUUCCCCGGCAGGUGUGGGGUGUUCAUGCCCGUGCUGGGAUGUAUGUUGGGGAGUUCCCAUUUGAGAUGCCAUGGGGGCAGCCCACGUGAAGGAAGGUCGAGGAGGAUACCGCAUCGUGCGAAUUUGCCCCGAGGGGCCCAUGUCCGAGUGCGACGUGGAGAUUUUCUUCGAUUACAUUGUCCAGAUAGAAGACGUAAAAUUGCAGGACGCCUCGAGGAAGACCUACGAAUCCUUUAUGCAGAAGGUACGAGAAGGAGAAAACAAAGAGGUGCGUUUGCUAGUGUACAGCUGUCGAUAUGAUAAACUGAAGGAGGUGCAUGUGAAGCCAAGGAGGUGGAGAGGAAAGGGGUUACUAGGAAUGAAUAUAAGUUACGAAAAGGCAAAUACAAUGAAUGAAGGAAUUCAAAUUGUAAGGAUUGAGGAUGGUUACUUAGAUGUAAAAAAUAAAGUUACAGAAAAGGAAGACAUAAUCAUAGGGCAUGAAGAGAAUAUCCUUCGGAAUUGUGAUGAGCUCUGUAAUUUUGUGGAGGCUAAUUUGUCUAGCUACCAUAGAGGGAGGAAGCAGUCUCCACUGGAGCUAUCAUUUUAUGUGUAUAACAAAAGGAGGGGAGAUGUGAGGAAGGUUAAAAUGCAGGUGGACCCCACGUGGGCAAGGCACGGACUGCUCGGGUGUCACGUGAGUGAAAUGAAUGCUUCGCUUGAGGAGGGGAGGGGUAACCACGAGAUGAACCGGGAAGUGGCACAGGAGGUGACCCCAUACGAGAGGUGUAACCCCCAAGAGCAUGUCACUACCGCGGAGUGGGCCAAACACUUACCCGGUGAACCGAUCGAAUGGGGUGCAGAACCCUCCGUGGGAAGUAAUCACAUCCGAUUUGGCAGCGGUGAAGAGAACGGAGGAGAGGCCCAGGGGGAAGAACCAGAGAGCCCCCAAUAUGGCAGAUUCAAUACGCACUAUUUUAGAGACGGCAGUGGUGCGGGAAGAUCAUUGGAAAGAUCAUUGGGUAACUCACCGGGGGGGGUGCAGGACCACAAGGUGGGCGGCACAAAGAGUUACGCCUUAAGCUCCACCAUAGAGGUUGAGGCUGAGGGGAACCAGGACAUGGGUGCGAAGGAAGUACUUUCUGACGCUUCCUCUGGAAGGGAGAAGCGAAAGGGGAAGCACGUCAAGCAGCUCAUGCAGCCCUCACAGAGGAAGCAUACGUUGCACACUUCGUCCACCUCGCAAGAGUGGCACCCACCCCCGGAUGAACGGGAUACCCCCGCAGAGAGGUACGAAAGGUACGUGCAGAAUAUGAAAACGUAUAGCAAAGAAAUGAUAGAGGUUUAUAAAGACAUGGAUGAAAAUGGUAAACUUUUGGAGGAGCUAAAGUUACGGAUGUUCAGGAAUUUUACUUCGGGGGGAAAGUUGGUUGGUGAGGAAUGUGAUUACCUCGAUGGAGAGGGGAGUCUUCCUGUGGAGGGGUUAUCAGAAUGGGCGCUCCAAGGAGGGGACACAAGCGAGGGAGGAGGAACGUGCGAAGUUCAGAUGGAUGGAAAAUCUCAGGCGGGCGGAGAUGGCAUCCUGACGUAG